AUGAAAGUGCCCCGGCACACUUCAACUACGCGGGUAGUUACGCUAGCAGCUUGCAACCAGAAGCACAGCAAGAAAAUGGAGAACAAUCCGCAUCCUGAAAGUAAGAACAAAACGCACCUGCAUCCUUAUGGUGAUCCAGAUUCACAAGCACAGCGGCGCUUCUCUUUAUAUUCAAAAGCACCACAGGAAAACGCUGCAUUAAUGGAGUACGAAAGUGCGAAGGGUUUGGAAUCUUAUGGGCCUGCGACGAGUAUGAAAGUCAAACGCCUGCAAUCAAAGGGCGACAAGCUGCAACAAGGUAAGAACAACGAAGCAGCACGAGAAGGAAAGGAUGGCGGGGGAAUGCCAUGAAGAAACAACGAAGACGGAGAAGGGCUAGCUAAGUGUCUAAUAGUUAUAUGUAAGCUCUCUGAUCACGAGGGACCCUCGGGUGAAGUGGUCAGAGCUGAAGAAGACAAGGCAAAAGAAGAAAGAGAUCAUCAGGGACCCUCGGGUGACGUGAUUGCUAAAACGGACACACGAUAUGCAUUCUCGAACGAACUUCAGGCCAAAAGUAAAGGGCCCAGACCUGCUGGCCACAAAGUGAGGGCGGUGGUGGAUAGUGGUGCGAGUCGCCACGUGCUGGA